AUGGCCAAAGACAAUGAAUCAAAAGCACCUAGACCCUAUAGAUCACGAUACUUAGAUGACCAAUCUAUAUCUCACAGCGGUGAUUCUCACUACCCUGAAAAAGGAGACUCAUCUCUCGACAGUAAAGAUGUGAAACAAGAUGGGCCUAUACGUGAAGGCAUAGGAGAUAUCGCCAAGGAACAAGACGUGGACUUGGAAAGUCAACAACCACUGGAAAAGUUGGGAGCGGCUGGUUCUAAUACACCCCAGCAAGAUUCCAAAUUGGUAACAUGGGAUGGUCCCAAUGACCCGGAAAAACCCAAAAACUGGCCCAGCAGUAGGAAAUGGUCCGUUAUGCUCAUUGUCUCAUUGUACACUUUCAUCUCUCCCGUGUCUUCGACGAUGGUAGCGCCCGCCCUGACAUACAUUGGAGAUGACUUCAAUAUCAAAUCUGAAGUUCUUCUUGAACUCACCUUGUCUAUCUUCAUCCUAGCCUAUGCCAUCGGUCCGCUUUUCCUUGGGCCGCUUUCCGAAACAUAUGGCAGGGCUAUUGUCUUGCAACUUGCAAAUUUGUUCUACCUGGCCUUCAACAUUGGCUGUGGCUUCUCACAGUCCAAAGGGCAAAUAAUUGCUUUCCGAUUCCUUUCAGGGCUGGGUGGUAGUGUUCCGUUAGCUGUUGGUGGAGGAGUCCUCGGAGAUUGCUUUACCGCUGAAGAACGCGGCAAGGCAAUGGCUGUCUUCAGCCUGGCACCCCUUCUUGGCCCAGCUAUCGGCCCAAUUGUUGGUGGCUUCAUUUCUGAGAAUACCACUUGGCGAUGGGUGUUUUAUGCCACCUCAAUCGCAACCGGCGUCAUUCAAAUUGCAGGGCUAUUCCUUCUCCAUGAAACUUACGCCCCCCGGAUCCUCAAGGUGCGGGCGAAAAGGCUUCGCAAAAAUUCUGGCGAUCACUCGUACCAGACCGAAGAGGAACGACAGAAUAAGACUCUAUCCCAGUCUUUUCAAAUGUCGCUCGUGAGACCCUUUCGUCUUCUUUUCACGCAACCUAUUAUCCAAGUUCUUGCCCUAUACAUGGCUUAUAUUUAUGGGCUCAUGUACCUCAUGCUAUCAACUUUCCCUAGCCUGUGGACCGAUCCCAAUUAUUACGGCGAGUCCACGGGAAUUGGGGGGUUAAAUUAUAUCUCUCUUGGCUUGGGAUCUUUUCUGGGCGCCUACCUCUGCGCUUUUCUAAACGACUGCUUCUAUCGCCAUUUCAAGGCCCGAAAUAACGAUAUAGGAAAGCCUGAAUUCCGAGUACCCUUGCUCGCCGUCACCGCCAUUGUCGUUCCAGCUGGUCUCUUCAUUUACGGAUGGACAGCCCAGACCCAUCAACACUGGAUAGCCCCUAACAUCGGCACUUGUCUAUUUGCCGUGGGGAAUAUUAUAACCUUUCAGUGCAUGCAGACCUACACCGUGGAUGCAUAUACAAAAUAUGCAGCCAGCGCGAUGGCUGCAGUAUCAGUUUUACGCUCUCUAGCUGCGUUCGGAUUCCCUCUGUUUGCCCCGUACAUGUAUGAUGCCCUCGACUACGGAUGGGGUAAUAGUCUGCUGGCAUUUAUCGCGAUAGGAAUAGGGAUUCCGGCGCCCUUCCUCCUUUGGAAGUUUGGUGAGAAGCUGCGGAGAGCCAGUCCAUAUGCCACUGGCUAG